UCGGACUGGAGCUGCUCUAGGAGCGGGAGUGAGGGCUACUCACGCCCGUGGGAGCUCUUAUCGUCUUACCUGUGUUGACGGUUCUUUCCCGGAGAGGAAACAACCACGGGCACGACCGAGUAGGUGACGCAGGACGACACAGACCGAGUUGUUUCUCCUCGUCCUAUGCCUUCGGAGGAGCAGCCUGCGUGAAAUUCCUCCACGCCGAGAGCGACCCAGCCGAGUGGGGACGGAAGGGGCGCUGGGGGCGGCCUCUCGACAAGGUGGACCGACGGGGUGAAUUGAACCACAAACGCUCAUAUAUAAGAGAUUGUAUAUUUGUUUUUCCACGCCAUGCCCGCUCCUCGCUUGUGGCUUUGAUGAAUUAUUGACCACCGUUGGAGUCCGAGGUUCGCCCAGCUGAACCCUGGCACCGAUGGUGAACCACUGGGGCGAAAACUAACCUGAAGGCAUCGAGCAACAUUCAGCUCUUUUCCUGCUCUGUGGUGAUGGUGGGGGGAGGAGAAGAGACCGACCUCCCUCUACCUUGACGCCAGAUUUGUAUUUUUAUGAGCCAUGAUUGCCUCCUUUUUUGUUCCAAUGGUGUCAGGGAUUGAUUGAUUGAUCGAGAACGCCUUACUGCCACCUGAUAGUUACUACCUCAUUGUUUUACAUCCAAUCAGGAGUUAUGUAAGACGGACAAAUAUCUGUACUCUACCUCAAGUGUAGAGCGAGUCUACCUCAAGCAACAGCUUUCUCCCACUCCGCAAAUCAGCUGGACGUGUCCUCAAAUGUGUUACUCAACUGCAAACUGAGCCUUGUGACGCUGCAGAUGGCCUCCUUCCCAGACUCGGACCUGCAGACGUGCCCCCUCUGCAAGGAGUUGUGCGGCUCCUCUGCUCCCAUUUCCUCCAGCUCGUCCACCUCUUCAUCCUCCUCGCACACCUCCUCCUCCUCCAGCCAGACCAGCAGGAGGCUUCACGUCCUGCCCUGCCUCCACACCUUCUGCAGGCAGUGCCUAGAGGGCCAACGCUGCCCCGGGGACCCACUCAAGUUGCGGUGUCCCACUUGUGACCAGAAGGUGUCCAUCUCGGAGGCCGGUGUGGACUCGCUGCCUUCCUCUAACUUCCUCUUCAGCAACCUGUUGGACGUGGUGGUGAGCACAGAGGAGCAGAUCCAGAACAAGAAUGGCCACCACAACCUCCACCGUGUCGGCUUGGGCUCCUCUGGCUUCCAUCAUACACACGGAGGCCUCCUGCACCCACACCUCAUGGGAGAGCCUCAGUGCAGCUCCUGCGACGAGGAGAACAUGGCUACCUCCCACUGCCUGGACUGCCAGGAGUACUUGUGUGACAACUGCGUACGUGCACAUCAACGGGUGAGGCUGACCAAGGAUCACUUCAUCGAGAGGCUCGGGGAGAACCUCCACUUGAGUCGUGUCAACAGCAACCCCAGCCAGUCGGGCUUGCCGGUCUCCCUCGCUCAGUCCCUGCAGAACAACUUUGCGCUGCUGUCCCUCUUCCAGGAUCGCAUGAGCUUCUGCCAACACCAUGACAAUGAGGUUUUUCUGUUCUUCUGCGAGAGCUGCUCCGUGCCCAUCUGCAGGGAGUGCAGCAUGGGUCGUCACAUGGGCCAUACCUUCGUUUACCUCCAGGAUGCCGUACAGGACUGCAGGUCCGUCACCAUCCAGCUGCUGGCAGACGCACAGAAAGGACGACAGGCCGUGCAGCUGAGCAUGGAGAAGGUCCAGGCCAUGGCAGAGCAGGUGGAGAUCAAGGCUAAGGUUGUGCAAACCGAGGUGAAGGCCCUCGUCCUCAGACACAAGAAAGCGCUGGAAGAGAGAGAGUGUGAACUACUGUGGAAGUUGGAGAAGAUCCGUCAGGUGAAGGCCAAAUCGCUGUACCUGCAGGUGGAGAAACUGCACCAAAGUCUGACCAAGUUGGACAGCACCAUCGCCGCCGUCAGCCAGGUGCUGGACGAGGGACGCCACAUCGACAUGCUGCUGGCGAGGGAGCGAAUGCUCACCCAGAUCCAUGAGCUAAAAGCACUGAGGGGCCUGAUGCAACCGCAGGAGGACGACCGCUUCAUGUUCACUCCUCCAGACCAGGCUCUAUACAUAGCCAUCCAAUCCAUGGGCUUAAUCAGCAGUGGAGCCUUUGCUCCAGUCACCAAAGCCCAUGGCGAUGGUCUCAAAAGUGCGCUUCGUGGCAAGCACGCAUCCUUUACUGUGAUUGGAUACGACCACGACGGGGAGCCACGUCUAUCCGGCGGGGACAUGGUCUCCACGAUAGUCAUGUCUGUCGCGGACAACACCCUAUCCGCCGCUGAGGUGACCGACCACCAGAACGGCUCGUACACGGUCAGCUACAUGGCCAAAUGUGAGGGGGAGCACCUGGUGUCUGUGCUGGUGUGCAACCAGCACAUCCAGGGCAGCCCCUUCAAGGUGUUUGUGAAAUCGGGACGCAGCUACGGCUCCCUGGGCUCCCAAGUGUCCUCCUUCGGGUGCGAGGGCGAAGGCGACGGUCAGCUUUGUCGCCCUUGGGGAAUCAGCGUGGACAAGGAGGGGUAUGUGGUGGUGGCGGACCGCAGCAACAACCGCAUACAGAUAUUCAAGCCCUGUGGCGCAUUCCACCACAAGUUUGGCUCUCUGGGUUCUCGGCCCGGUCAGUUCGACCGGCCAGCCGGGGUUGCAUGUGACAGUCAGAGACGAAUCAUUGUGGCCGAUAAGGACAAUCACCGUGUGCAGGUGUUUACUUUUGAGGGCCAGUUCCUGCUGAAGUUUGGGGAAAAGGGGACCAAGAACGGGCAGUUCAACUAUCCGUGGGAUGUGGCUGUCAACUCUGAGGGCAGGAUCUUGGUCUCCGACACCAGGAACCACCGUGUGCAGCUUUUUUCCCCCGACGGUUCUUUCCUCAACAAGUACGGCUUCGAGGGGGCUCUGUGGAAACACUUUGACUCCCCCAGAGGCGUGGCCUUCAACCACGAGGACCACCUGGUGGUGACCGACUUCAACAACCACCGGCUCUUGGUCAUCCGGCCGGACUGCCAGUCUGCUCGCUUCCUGGGCUCCGAAGGAAUCGGUAACGGUCAGUUUCUGAGGCCGCAGGGUGUCGCGGUGGACCAGGAGAACCGCAUCAUUGUGGCAGACUCCCGUAACCACCGCGUGCAAGUCUUUGAGCCCAAUGGAAACUUCUUAUGCAAAUUUGGAACGCAGGGGAGUGGCUUUGGACAGAUGGAUCGCCCCUCCGGCGUGGCCGUGACGCCAGACGGAGUCAUCGUGGUUGUUGACUUCGGGAACAAUCGGAUCCUCAAGUUCUAAGACAAAAAAACAACAACGUUCUCUCCUUCUGUUUUGCAGUUUUAUGAAGGAAAUGGAGGCGAGAGAAUGAAUCAGAAAACUGACACAAUAGGAGGAGAGCCGAAAGAGGAUUGAGAGCAAGUUGAUGAAGGGGAAUUGGACGUUUGUUUCCACUCACACUGAUCUCGUCAUUCUGAUAUAUGUGUAUUUCAAAGGGGACCUCUACAAAUGGAUAAUCAAUAGCAAAAAAAAAUGAGCCAUUUUUCCCUUCCUCAUUCUCAGCUGCUCUUAAUUCUUUCUGGAAUCUCUCCUCGAGUAUCCUUCUCAGGGAAUUUCUCACUUUUCUUGAAACCUUGUACCUCUCUGCUCCACACCUACCUCAUUUGGCUCUUUAUGAAUGUACUCAUAGUCACUGAGCAGAGGUUUAUUAUUAGUCCGUGAAGUUUUACAAAGAAGAAAAGUCUACCUCUAUACUUUAUUUAAGAGAGACACAAAAAUGAUUUUUUUUGCACAGGAUUAAUGGAAUUCUUGCUGUGCAUUUUUCUUUUCUUUUUUUUUUUUUUUAAUGUGAGUUUAGUGAACCUCCUGAAUGUUGUUGCUGAGACAAUACUCAGACCGCUGUAGAGGCUGCAUGAUUCAUUCUCAGUAGAAGGCUUUGCUAGGGUACAGUACAGUUGUCUUUUCAUAUUUACAGCAUUUUUUUUUUUGACCCAUUGAAGACUCUGCAGUGUUUGCAUAGUCGUGACGGCCCAGCUACAAAAAUCGAUAGCUCAGGGUUAUAGUUGGGCUGAUAAGAAAUGAGCGCUUUUCAGGCCCUCCUUUUUAGCUUUACUGACUCACUCCUCGGAGUGGGUGCUGAUUAGUUGCAUUUAUUGAUGAUGAAUCACAUCAGAACAUGUUUUAUUGUCCUUACCUCCCCGUUGCACCUCGUUAGACUGGAUUUUUGUGGCCUAAAGAUCCAGCUAUUAAACCACGAGGACGCAAAAUUAGUAUGCAAGGACCACUUGGUCUCCUCCAAAAGUGAGGGCCUGUGGGACGCGUUUACUAACAUCAGGAUCUAUUAGUGAUCUUAACAUAGAGAUUUAAUCAUAAAGUUGAAUGACACCUUCCCCCCUGAGGCAUGCUGUGUGACAAAAGCCUCAGAAGUAGACAGUCCAGAGGACAAAAAGAGUAACACCUCACUUUACAAUCCUUUGGAUAUAUGUUGUGGUUGAAAAGCCACCCCUUUAGGGCGCUAUGGGCCACAUCCAGUCCUGCGAAAGGAUGUGAGCACAAAGCCUCGCCCACCCCCAAUUUAUUAUUAACGCUCGGGUUUGUGGAGGCAUCUCCAAGCCCAGCGCUAGUAGACCAAUCCUCUAAAGAUGGAGGUCUAUAGACCAACUACUAGAGUCAACCAAAGUUAGAAUAUCUGCACAGACUAACUAUAUAUAAAAAUUUGGCGAUUUAAAAAGUCACGUUCUUCAAUAAUCAUUGCUGGCAUAACUCGUGGAGUUGUGUUGAUAGUGCUGCCCUGACUGUGCAUGUUGAAAGAAAAAAAAAGAUCCUUUUGUCUGUCCACCUAGAGAACCAAAGAGAACCCCCAUUGCAUUAUACGCCCCUUAAACAAACCUCCAGCUCAUGGCCCCCCUCUUUCGUAGAACAAUCCUUAGCACCCAGAAAUACCCUUGUAGCCCAUAAACGUUGGAUUCAAUCUGUACCCCACUUAAACGCACUCGACAAUUCAUGUUCUGCUUACUGUUCUAGCAAAAAAAAAACUGUGGAAAGAGUCACUGACGCUCUCUUCUCUGAGGAGGGGACCCGUCUGCACAUGACCUGGACAGACGUUCUCAGUGUACAAUGUUUCAGCAACCAUUUUCUUACAUCUUCUCAAGGGACAAUACGAAUCAAAUGAAGAAUAGUCAGUGUACACCUUGUAUAGCAGUCUAAAAUAGCUGACAGCACAAGUGCUUACGUUUAGUGGGAGCACCAUCGUUAUCUCACCUUCUUGGGUAUGAAAUCAUCUUCUACUCAUCCAUAAUGACAUCGCUGGUGGAUGCUAGUCACCUUCCUACCUUCCUUGGAGUUGUGUCUGGGCUCCUUAUGUUGGAAAACUGCCUUGUGGUCUACUUUCCCAAAGGAGUGGAUCAUGCACUGGUUUAGAAUGUUUUUUUGUUUUGGUUUUCAUUUUGGAAUUCACUUGUGUUGCUAGCUCUUUAGCUGUACACCGACUAGUCCAAAGUAGUGUUGUCCUUUUGAGGAAAUAUACCACAACAAAAAUGGUUGCUGCAAUGAGAUACUAUAUAUAUGUGUAUAUAUAUAUAUAUAUAUAUAUAUAUAUAUAUAUAUCUGCUCAACCAUCAUCAGUGGUUGUUUACCUCAACGUUGUUAAUAUUCAUAUACCUCAAACUACUUUCAAAUACCUCAUUUUUUGUUGUUUUGUGUGUGUGUGUUUGUUUGUUUUCAUGUGUUGGCAUACCUCAUCAGAUGUUUUACAUCACAAGUAUACCUCAUUCUUUUGACUAGUGUGUUGCAGUACAGUGCAUGUCCUGUAGCUCUAGGACCAAAGAUUGUGGCACUGUUUUGAAAAUUUGUGUUGUGGUCCAUCAGCAGCUUUUUGCUGUACAGUUAGUUGCCUUUUUUAUUUUUUAUUUUUUUUAAGAAAAAAAAAAACUCCACAGAGAAUCACCAAAUAUUUCCGAGGAUAGCAUAGUGCCAAAAUGAUCAGAGUUGUGUGCCAAGGACCACGCUGUUGUAGACGACAAAACGUGACCGGACCAUGAUAUCCGAGAUACAAAUGUUGAAUCGGAGCAACUGAGGAUAAAUCCUGCAGCUCUGACGGGAUGCACUUACAAGGGCUGGGCCCCCAUUGUUAUCUUGAACUGGUAGAUUGCGCUCGCAGGAGGAGGGGGGGUGGGUGGAGGCGGGCGAGGGGCGAAGACGCACAAGAAUGACCUCAACUUUUUCAGCACAAGUUCCCAAUAUUUCUGCACAGAUCAACUCUGGUGCAAGCAGACACGUUGACAAAGAGGAUGUAUGAGAGAUGUUGGCACAGCAACACCAGUAGGGUUGUUUUUCAGUAUUAACCAUUGCAAAUGUUCAUCCACGACUGCAUCCUUUUUCUUUUUUUUUUUGGAAACAAAUAUUGCAGAAUUCUAUCUUUAAGAUCCUUAGGUCUUCACUCUUUAAGAGGAAAAAAAUGUAUUUUAAAGCUUUUAUUUGUUUUUGUUGCAUGCUUUAAGAAGUCCUUAUUAUACUGGCAUCAUUUUCGGGUGGGUGAUGAAAGAAAGAAGAAAUGGGUGGUGGGUAGCUGACUUUUUUUUUGGGACGUUUGUAUCAGGAUAUUUACCCAAAGACGAGUAUGCGUGCACGAGAUGGAAUUAACCUUUUCACCUUUGCGUUUGUGGUUCUUGUUUUCUGGAGAGGCUCGGCAGAGCACAACCCGUUCAGUCGGCCGUGCUUCUCAAUUCCUUACAAACAACGCAGGCCGCUUUUCAAAAACCAGCGUAGAAGGCCAGGAAGAGCUCAGGGAGGCUCCUAAAGCAGGGGGUGUCCAAAGUGCAGGCCGAGAGCCAUUUUCGGCUCGCAGCUGAUUUCUUUUAUUGGUCCGUAUCCAACAAUUCAUUCAUUAUUAAAAAGAUGCAGUGGAACCCUCGCGAAUAUAACAUUACAGUCAAAGUGCCUGCUUAAGUUGACGUCAACAUACAAGGUCCACCGCUUUUCUCAAAAUAAAAUUUUGGACCCAUGAAACAACAUCCCUGUAUGUCGACAUUUGCUAAGCCAUAACAUAACUACAGUUACUCAGCAUUAAAACAUGCACACAGUGAUUUCCUGUUUAGUGCAAAAUAAGAUUCCAAUGUAUAGCAUGGCAGUAUUCACCUGUAUGUUACAGCAAUGCGCCCUCCACACCUAAUGUAGCCACCUUGGCUAGAUUUGGCUACUCACACUUGGUUGGCCCCCAUCUCACAGGCAAACAACACUGCCCCCUGGAGGCCAACCCCUGAAUCACAGUUCAGAGUGCUAAAAUACAUUAUGAAAAAAUAAUCCCUAUAAAAUUAUGCUCAAAUGGACAGAACUUGUUGAUUUCUGUUCCAAGCCACAAAGUAAAUAAUGAUUAGUUUGGUUUUUUUGCUGUCUGCUAGUCCGCGGGGUGUCGAUAAGGGCUCCACAGUAUCUUAAAAUUUGCGUUCUCACCCAAAACACAAAGCUAAGGUGUACUUAUCUUCAGCUAGCUUAGCAUGGUCUUUGAUGCACAAAAUAGCCCCCGCCUCUUCCCAGUUUUGUUUGCGGCCCUCGGUGGAAACAGUUUGGACACCCCUGUCGUAAAGUUUCUGCACCAACAGACCUCAACCCCGACCCUGUCACUAUCAUGUGGCAAGCCCCCACCCCACUCCACACCCCCACUCCCAGCACAAAGCAGCUGCAGAAGUCCACUUCCUAAUCUUUGCAAGAAUCCAGGAAGUCAGGCGACUGCUGUAGAUCAUGUGACCGGCCCUUUGACCCUUGUGUUUCAUUUCUGGCCUCUCGCGGCUUAUAAGAGGAAAAAAAAAGUCAAGCUGCACCGGGUGAUGUGUGCAAGGUCGUAGACCUCCUUUUUAAAGAUUGUAUACUCUAAAAAAAACAAAAAAAAUAUAUGGUUGGUGAAAAUUUAGAAAGGAAAAAAAAAAGUUAUCUCAGGUAGUUGUCGGCGGGCCUGUCCUGCUGGUGUCUCAUCCUAAUGUGUCCCUUAGAAUUAAAGUAGAUCCCCACUCCUUCCCCCUUAAAUUCCAGUGAUAGUCUGAUCUUUUUGUGUGUCCAUUUUACAUAUUUAGACAAAUCUUUUGGUUAGCUUUCAUCUACAAAAAAAAAGACAAAUACGACACACCGCUUGACGCUCGUUGGCCCUUUUAGAAUGUAUUUUGUGAAGAAAAGGGUCACACGGUGUCUUGUCGAUGCUCGCUCUCAACACCCUGCUGCCGGACACAACACAACACACACAGUUGUAUCUCCGUGUAAAUGUCGUCACGCCAGCAAUAUUUAGCGAGCAUUGGGCGUCGUGCUCAUAAACCAGCGUCUGUGUUGGUCCAGCAGCGGGCGGCAUGGGGCCGAGGUCGUGUUUGUGCGUCCAAACAGACAUCCACUGAAUGUAAAACUCCCUCAACAGUCCAGGAGGCGGCGCGAGUGGCUGUGGCCGGCUGAGUUUAGAUGAGUGCUGCUGGCGCUUCCUCAUCAGGGCCUCUGUGUGUGUGUGUGUGUGUGUGUGUGUAUGCGUACGCAUGUUUGCCUCUCCCUCUUCAACACACAGAUUGUGCUUAGUGGAAGUGCAGAUGUCACGUCUUCAGUCUAAAUAAGGCAAAGGAGACUAUAAUAUUUUUUAGCCACUUGCUGCUCGCGCUGUACUCUUUUAGACUUUAAACAUUUCCUAUGCAGUUUUGGUUGGUUUUUGUUUACACUUCAAUAAAGUUGUAUUUCUUUGACUUCAA